AUGGCACAAACCUAUGGAUCCGAAGAGACCAAUUUUAAGAAGGCGAAUGCUAUAACCAGUAGAUCAGGGAAUGUUGUAGAACCAACUCCUACACCUAGGGAGAAUGAAAAAGAGCCAAUUGAGCCUAAUGAGAUCAAUCCUAGUGAGGAACUAAAACAUCAUAUCAAAAAAAUUGCUUUCUUGACCGAGAAAGUGAGUGCUGUGAUAGAACAAAGGAUCCCACAAAAGUAUAAAGACCUUGGUUGUCCUAUCAUUUCUUAUGUCAUUGGGAACCGUAAGUUUGCACAAGCCCAUCAAGAUUUAAGAGCUAGUGUCAACCUCAUGCCUUAUGCUAUAUACUUGUUGUUAGGUCUAGAAGAAAUGAAACCCACCUCAGUGGUUCUACAAUUAGCUGGUCGGUCCACCAUACAACCAAGGGGAGUAGUUGAGGAUGUUUUAGUUCAGGUUGAUAAAUUUCACAACCCUAUUGAUUUCUUGGUAUUAGAUGUAAAGGUUGAAGUAGAUGUUAACUCUAAAAUCCCUAUUAUACUUGGUAGACCUUUCCUUCUUGCAGCUAACGCUCUUAUCAAUUAUAGGAAUGGUCUGAUAAAGCUGACAUUUGAAAAUAUGACUCUAGAAGUCAAUAUUUUCUAUGUCACCCAACAACCUACGGAAGAUGAUGAAUGCUAUCAAACAUACAUGAUCGAUACAUUCACUCAGGAGGAAGCAUCCACAACAAUUGAUUCUGAUCCUUUGAACUCUUUUCUCCUAAAUUCUGAAAUUUUAUAUGGUUUUAAUGUUGAUGAGUAUGCUAACAUUUGUGUAGUUUUUACAAAAUUACAGGACCGUAGGACUUCAACAUGGCAACCCAAGUUUGACGAAUUGGCAAAAAUGACUGGAGGACAGAAACCAUCAAGCAUUGAAAACCUCAGGCCAAAAUUGAAACAACUUUCUAUAGGACUAAAACAUGUGUUUCUUGGACCAAGAGAUAUCUUUCCUGUUAUUAUAUCGUCAGAAUUGGAUGCAUUAUAA